UUCCAUUUUGUGGUCGGAACCUAUUCCAUUCCAUUUUGUGACUGAUAUUUGAAUUGUGAAUACACAUACACUUUGCCGCCAUUGUGAAUUGACUAACCCCGCAAAUCCCCUUCCUCCAUUUCAUUCAAAAAUAACCAAAUCCCUAAUUUCUCUGUUCUGUUAUCUUCUUCUUCUUCAAUGGAGCCUCCCAAUCUAACUGAUUACGAACGCAAGCGACUCGAAAACAUUCGCCGCAACAAUGAAAUGAUGGCCGCUCUCAAACUUCAAUCCAAAGCCUCCCAACUCCGUACUACCAGGGUUAAACGCACUGUAAAACCCAAAACCGAAACCCCAAUCCCAACUGUAACCAGAAGCUCACUUCGAACACGAGGUAUUACACCCGAUUCCAACGGUCUCCCUCGCAAAAUCACUCGCAGAACCCCAAUUGAUAAAUUUCUCAAUUUUGUUCAAACUUUGGAUCACAUUCCCAUGAAAGAUGCUUAUAGAGGUAUCGAUGAUUCCGACCGUUCUUUCAUUGAAUCACUUGUUGCUGUGUCCAACAACGAGUCCUCUGCAAAAAAGAAGAAAAAGAAGAAGAAAAUUGAGUCUUCACUUGAUUUGGAAUCUAUGUCUUUGAAUCCCGAAAAUACAGUACGUGUUUUUCCUUCAAGGUUAGGAACAAAAGGCGGAGGGAUAUGUCAACUGCAAUUUUUACCUUCCAGUGAUGUUAAGAUGGUAGUAGCGGGUUGCAAAGCCGGGGAUAUUGGGAUUUGGAAUGUUGGACAAAGCAAUGUUUUUUCAUACCAUCCACAUCAUGCUUUCAUUUCUGGGAUCUCGGUUCACCCAAAUUGCUUGUCAAAGAUAUACACAAGUUGUAAUGAUGGAUUUGUUAGGAUGAUGGAUGCCGAGAAGGAAAUUUUCGAUAUGGUAUAUAAUAGUAGGGAUGAUGAUAGUAUAUUUGCUCUGUCACAACCAAAGAAUGAUGCAAACUGUUUAUAUAUAGCUGAGGGUUCUGGGUGGUUGACUAUUUUGGAUAACAGGAUAGGGAAAUGUUCGUCUCCGUCUCAUUUUUCUUUGCAUAGAAGGAGGAUUAAUACAAUAGAUUUCAACCCUGAAAACCCUCACAUUGCAGUUACUAGUUCAACUGAUGGAACUGCAUGUACAUGGGAUUUUAGAUGUACUGGUGAUAAGGGUAACCUCACAGCUUUGAAGACAUUUACCUAUGAAACGGUCUUGCAAUCUGCCUACUUCUCUCCUUCUGGACGUAGCAUUGCGAUCACAAGCCGCGACAACACGAUUGGCAUACACAGCGGAGUUAACUUGGAGGAUGCAGCUUUUGUUAAUCAUGAAAGUUUCCAAAAGCUUUCUAUUAACAACAGGGCAAUAUGGGGUUGGGACGACUCAUACCUCUUCGUUGGGAGCAACACAAGAGUUGAAGUUGUCUCAACAGCUCAAAAGGCAAUCGUGAAGACUCUAGAGAUCCCACUCAGAUCUUCAAAUCCACAUAUAUUUGAUGCUCAUCCUUACGAGGUUGGGAUGCUAGCAGGAGGUACGGCCGGAGGUCAGGUCUAUAUUUGGACAUCGAGCUAAGACUUUUAGUGCUCGUUUGGAUUUGCGGUACUACAGCACAAAUUCUCAAGUCUCCAUCUUGUAUGAAGUUAUGAGUACAAACUUUUGAUUGGCCAUGCAUUUCUUGAAUAUCCCACCAUGAUUUUGUUUCCUGUAUAAUUGAAGUCCUAGCAGCCUUUAGACAUGUUUGUUUGCUUGAUCAACAAAAUGUGUUUACUGAAGUUGUCCUAAAUGACAGGGGUGGAUUUCCAGCUGUAACAAUGAGAAAGUUUGAGUUUCGUAAGUUUAAAAA